UUAAAAUAAGCGGGCAUGUCAACGCUGAGUGGCUGCGCACCGGAAAACUACAUUUCCCUUAAUCCCCUAUUCACAGGAAGUAUUCGUAGGCUCUUUGUAGUCACAGUUCAGGAGGACCGUAAAAGCAGCCCGCCAUGCAGAGAUGCAGGUUGGACCUCCCUGCUCAUGUAUCAUUAUGAUUCAGGUACGAAGGAUGUGCAAAAUCGCCAAACUGACAAAACCAUGAACAAAAAAGCAAAGCUUGGUUUUGAUUCUAGCCAACAGAGUCAGAGAAAAAAAUCCAAAAAGAAUCAUGGAUCGACACAGAGCACUCAAGGUCGGAAAGCAGAUGUAAAGGGCAAGGCAGCUGGAAAGGAUGCUUAUUCUCCUGGACCUGAGAGAAGCUCUGAAUCUACCCACACUAUGCAAAAACGUGCUCAGGAGGAGGCCAAAUCUACCCAUAGUGACUGUAAUUUAUCCCAGCAACAUCUGAUGAAAACAUCGUCUGCUGAAGAUGAAAAGGGUGAGGUGGACCUAUACAGAGGAGAAGAGGAAAUAGAACAAGAACUGCAAGAGAAGCACCAGUCAAAGUCAGUGGCUGUUGGUGAGGCCCAGAGCAGCGUGUCAGCUGCCGAAGAUCUUCAGACCUACAGCGAGAGAGAGUGGAAAGGCAAUACCACUAAAAGUCAGCUUAUCCGAAAGGGUUAUGAAGCAAUAGCCAGUGAGUUCAAUCUACGCAGAGUAAGAGGUGAUAACUAUUGUGCCCUGAGGGCGAUGCUCUUCCAGGUGCUCAGCCAGUCUAAACAGCUUCCUGCCUGGUUACAUGACUCUGAUAUUAUUAAGUGGCCAAAAGAAAUUCAUUCUGAUAAGGAUUUUAUUAAGGAGUGGCAAUUUCCAUUUGAAAGCAGGAAGAGCAAAGUACAGCAUCUUGAACAAUGCCUGGAAUUACUGAAGAAAAAGUGGCAAGAGGCUGUCGAGUGUAAAAGUCUUGAAGAUAGGGAGCGCAUGUGCCAGCAGGUGUUCAGAGGUCAUGAUGAGGAGUAUGAGCUUCUGGAAGCGCUGAAGUUCUUGAUGCUGAGGACUGCCAUUCAGUUGCACUCAGAUAUGGAGAAGGGCUCUGACGUACCAGAGUUCUGCUGGCUCCUCUUUGCUCGUGACUCGUCCAAAUGCCCCAGGACCUUCCUCAACAAUCACCUCAGACAUGUCGGCUUCAGUGGUGGUCUGGAACAGGUGGAGAUGUGCCUCCUGGGUCAUUCCCUCCAACAGACGAUCCGGGUUGUUCGGCUGUACAAGUGUGACACUGAAGAGUUUAUCACAUACUACCCGAACGACCACAGGGAAGACUGGCCUCCUCCUCUAUGUUUGAUUACAGAAGAUGACAGACACUACAAUGCACUUGUACCCAAAAAGUCCUCCAAAUUUGAUGAACGUGGUAGGCCAAAGUGGAAUCAACCCUCAGAUGGACAAUCAAACAUAACUACAUGCCUUUAAAGAGUAUAUGGCAAUCACACAAUCUGCAGAACUCAGGAGUUAUUCUACAAUCCUUUGUGUUUUCUACAUUGCAGUUCUUGCAUUUAUGUUUUGGAUAAUUUUUCCUUUCUUUAUUUAAUUCUGAUAAAUUUAAAGAUUUGUUAUCCUUAUUCUGCUACCCAUGUAAUUUUAAAUAUAAGGAUAAACGGAUGCAUUUCUUUUCUUUGCAGUGGUUUUAUGAGACAUAGCUGCACCUCCAGCUGGGAUGGGAGAUUUUGAAUGAUUUUUGUUAGUUUACAAGGUUAACUAUUGCUUUGCAUAUUACAAUAAAAAUUGAACCACAAAUCUA